AUUGUUUUCUCUCUCUUCCCUCUCCCUCUCUCUCUCUCGUACGCUCUCCCUCUUUCUCACGCUCUCCCUCUUUCUCAUCAUCCCACAGUUUCAUCUCUCUCACUCCCCAUCUCAUCCUUCACCAUAACAUCCACCCCACAACCUCCACCACCAUCUACGAAUCAAUCACUCGUCAUGAGAGUGAGGGAGUGGCCGAGUGAGAGAAGAUUUACCGGCGGGAGAGAAGUUCUGGCGAGGAGGAGUACCGGCCGAGAGAGUUCUUGUGGCCGUUUGUGGUGACACGGCGGUGCUUGGCAACGGCGGCAACAAAGCUUCUUGCUCCUUCUUUCCUCUGGCUCCAUGGAAGGAUAAAGCUCCUCCAUGAAAUUUGAUCUUUGGAUGUCAAUAAACUCAGGUGACUAGAAAAAUCUCAUCUCUCUUUCAAACUUUUUCGUUUUUAUUUUUAUUUUAUUUUUGCAGGAAGCAUUCCAAUGAUAAAAUUGAAUUUUUAUCAAUUGGUUUAUGCUUAAUCAAACCCCAGAUGAAUUUUGUGUUAUUUUGUGCAAAACAAAGACUUGCUUAAUCUUUCGUUUUUUUAGUUUUCUUUCAUAUACAGAUUUGUCUCUGUUUUGCAGCUAGGAAAAUGGUGAAAACUGGCGACCACAACCUUUUUAAUGGGAAGAGGUGAAUGUUUUGCUAUACUAUUUCUGUUGAUUUAGAUUAGAUUUAACAAGAAAGUAGGUUAUGUUGGACCUAAUUAUUUAUUUUUGAUGAUUCAAGGUUAUUAUGUUUUUGAGUUUGAUAAAAUAGUUUCUCCUGCAAAAUUGCACCAAAUCCAUUAUCCAAAGUAGAUUUUGGUGGUUUUGAUUUUUAUUUAGGUUUUCAAUUUCUGUUUUGAAUUUCUUUGUAAGAUUUGGUGAAUCUCACCGCAGCACGUGACCUCACUCCUCUCUCCAUUAACCAACGUAGGAGAAGGAAGAAGAAAUUCUAGGGUUAGUAGUACAACAAAAUCAAACCUUCAUUCCUCUUACAAUUUGCUUUUCCAGUUUAAUCUAUACAUUUAUUUCAAAUUCAACUGAUUCUUUCUCAUUUUCUCCAUACAUCCUCUUAAAUCUCCAUCUCCAUUUUUAAAUUUGUUUUUCAAAUUUGUUCUUUUAACCAUUCCUCAGUUAAAAACACUACACUAAGAUUUUGGUGGUUUUGUAAGAUUUGGUGAAUCUCAUUUAUAUUUUUCCUCUCAAAUGUAUUCUCAUUUUAUUCUCACCAUUUGAUUGCAUGUUAUAUUUGAAUAGGAUUAGCACAGUUUCAGCAAGAGGAAGGGGAAGCUUUGCCAGAAAAACUCUCACACAUGUCUUGAUCCAGAUGCUAGCAGAGUUAGUUGACCUCUUCUUUUUAUCUUUUCUUUGAGACUUUCCCUAUUGUGGGUUUAAGCAUAGUGAGAGAUAGAGAAAGACAAUUGUGUGUGAAAUGAGAAAAAUUCAGUCUUUUGUUUGUUUCUUCAAUGUUUUAGCAAUUGGAAUUUGGUGAUAAUGGAUUCUCUUGAAUAUUAUAGUUUCUUUGUAAGAUUUAGCUUCAGAAGCAUAUAAAAAUAUUUUUUUUCCCAUCUUCUGAUUGAUUAAAAAUUGGAUUUUUUUGGGGACAAUUUGUGACUUUGAUAUAGGGAAGAGGCAGUUGUGGAGUGGAGUGUUUCAGAAAUUAUAUAUGUUGUUAGAUCAGAAAUUGAAGUAGAUCAUGGCUUCUGUAAUUGGUUAAAUGUCUCGGCUAGCGUUUCAAUUUAGUACCCAAACUUAUGUCAUUAUUUUUUCCCUUAAUUUUUAGGUGGUUGAGAAAGUUGAAAUUGAGUAUCUACCAAAGAAGGUAGACCUAUAUGAAGGCAUGGAUGAAGAAUUUAGAAAAAUAUUUGAGAAGUUUAGUUUCACUGAUGUCGCUGCUUCCGAGGAAACUGAUAAGAAGGACAAGGUGGCAGAAAAUGCAGUUACUAAAAAGAAGGCUGGUUCUGAUUCUGACUUUGACGAUGAAGAAAAUGAGCAAGAAGAAAAAGAUAUGAACCAUCGCUACGACAAGACACAUCCUGACAUUCGUCCUUAUUCCAUGAUGACAAGAACAGGGUAUAUGGAGUACAAUCCCAUGAAGAAUCGAGGGAAACUACCAGAAAUUUAUGCACGUGUCAUUGGUCAGUACAUUGGUGAUACAGUUUUCUUACAGGACAUCAACGAAAAUCAAAUCCAAGUAGCUGUACUCAAAAAGAACAAUUCAGAAAUUUAUUUAACUCAUGGUUGGUCUCGAUUGAGAGAUUUCUAUAACAUCAAUGCUGGUGCUUGGAUUACUCUUUUGUUGAUCAGUCCUUUUGUUUUUUUCAUCCGGGUUCGAUACAUUACUGGCAUGGAGAUCACCUAUCCUCAUAAAACUCCUCCAUAUAAGCUAAUGUUGGAAAAACCUUUCCUUGAAGCAACUUCAAAUGGACCUAUUCCCUACUUUGUUCUCCCAAAAGUUUUUUCACACAGUCUUGAGAAAACUCUCACUAUUCCUGAUGUCCAAACUGGGACUUUGACGCUCUAUUGGAGAGGUUUCUGUCAAAAUGCAUUACCUAAUGAGGAGACUCAACUCAGAUUAAUUGAUUGGCUUGGUAAUACAUGGAAUCACCGUGAUCUCAAGUUUGUCAAUAGUCCUUAUAUCAGCUGUAAGAUUUCAGGCCAAUGGGGUGAUGUUUGCAAGGUGCAUAAUUUGGCUAAGGAUGUAAUUGUUAAAUUUGGCGUCACCGAGGCAUCCAACAAUAGGACCAUCUACUUUAAGCUCGCACCUUUCAUUGGUGUUAGAACUACCCUACAUGCUCCUUCAACAUCCAGCAACCGGAAGAAAUUCUACCAGAGCCAGCACUAUUACAUGCUCUAGAUUUCCUACUACCUAUCUUUUGGAACUUUUUAUGUAAUAUGUGGAACAAAAUUGAAUUUGUCUGCUUUUUGAGGUUCUUCAUCUUGCUUAGAGUGUAACUCUCUAACAAAGACAUGCUCUUUUAAAUGCCAUUUUGGACUAUUUUAGUUACUAUGCUUUGUAGGGAAUAUUAUGAUAUAAAUGACAUUUUGGACUAUUUUGAUCAAAA